GCAACACUGAAAAACAUUUGUGUACUGUCAAAAUAGGAGAAUAGUCAAUAGAUUAUAAAACGAGCCAAUUGUAGAUUAAAAGAAAGGAAAAACCUUGUAAAUAUAUUUUUAAUUACAAAAUGUCGAUUUUAAUAAGAUGUGCGCGGAUACGGCAAGUUUUACUGCAACGGAUGUAUUCAUCUUCCAAGUCUUCUAAUCCAUCAACAAACACUGAGGUUAAAACGAUACCCAAAAACUUACUCGAAGAUAGUCAAACAUCCCAUCUGCAAGCAGAGAAUGGUGCUAUCUUUGACAAGAAGCCAUUCAAAAUUCAUUUAGAAGCGAAUAAAAUUUAUAGCUGGUGUCUAUGUGGAAAAUCGAAAUGCCAGCCAAUUUGCGAUGGUAUGCAUAAGAAUGAGUUCUUAAAAAUAAAGUUACGACCUGUACGAUUUCAAGUGGAAAAAACUGGUGAUUAUUGGCUAUGCAAUUGCAAGCAAACCAAACAUCGCCCUUUCUGUGAUGGCACGCACAAGCAAGCGGAUAUUCAAGCCGCUGUGCGAUAACUAAACCGAAUAUCUGAAAAUACCUACUUUUUAAUGAAUUAAAGUGUAUUCAUUUAAGUGUUUCUUUGUUUAUUAUUAUCUCUGCAGGCGUCCAAAAGCAAUAAAAUAUCGAUACGCAUGUUUUUAGAUGCAAGCAACAAAUGUAUAUAUAGUGUAUUUUCACUUUUAUAUGUUGGUUAUACUUUAUACAUACAUAAUAUUUACUUAUUUUCUAUAUUCCCGCGUUUUAUGUAUUAUAUUUUGUUAUUAAAUGAGCAACACUUCUCAUAUUAUCAGAUGAAUGUCUAUAGUUAUGCAUGCAAAAUAUUAAUAUCUUAAUAAUUUGUAUAACUCAAGAUCAAUAUAAAGGCUUCAUUCAGUUCUUUAACAAACAAGUAACAAAAUACGUAUUUACAAAAACUCUUGUUUUUUCAAAAAGUUGAUGUUUAUACAUCUUCAUAACGUUACCUUUAAUUUUGGUGACUACUAAAAAAUUAAAAAACAAAAAA